GAGAGAGAGAGAGAGAGAGAGAGAGAGAGAGAGAGUGUGAGUGAGUGUGUGUGUGUGUGUGUGUGUGUGUGUGUGUGUGUGUGUGUGUGUGUGUGUGUGUGAGUGAGAGUGUGUAUUUGUAUGUGUGUUUGCGGAAGUGAAACGAACUUCACACUGUGAAUCGUCGCCAUUAACAAGGGAACUUGAGGAAAAGUAGCGACUGUCUGAGUUUGACAUGACAUGUUUAAACAUUCCGCCCUCAAGAGUGUUUAACCUCCAUCAGAUGCUGCAGUGAGAAUGGACGGACUGAACCGAUCGCGGUCCGAUCUGAUUCGCGAUGACUCUCUAGACGGUUGGACUGCGAUCAGAUCCGGCGGGUUCGGACAGAUCUACCGAGUAAAACACAAGGAAUGGGGAACCGACGUGGCGAUAAAGUUAUUGCAUUGUCGACAUCGUCUCUUCUAAGAGAAGCUAAUCUGAUGAUCCAGGGUGGAAAUCCAAACGUCCUGUGGAUCUACGGCUUGUACGAGGGGUGUCUGGGCGGUGCACAUCUCCAGUCUCAGGUGGGUUUGGUGAUGGAGUUCAUGUCGAGGGGCUCUCUGGCUGAUCUGCUGAAGAUGUUGGAUCAACCCCCGCCGUGGCCUCUGACCUUCCGCAUCACUCAUCAGAUCGGUCUGGGAAUGAACUUCCUGCAUAAGUUGGACCCUCCCCUUUUACACCUGGAUCUGAAGCCCAGUAACAUUCUGCUGGAUGACAGUCUCAACGCCAAGCUCACAGAUUUCGGUCUGUCACGAGUCGCUCGAAGUCUUUCUAAAAGUGUCCGAGGGAAAGAUGAAGUGGAGGGUGGAACUCUGAGCUACAUGCCGCCUGAAGCGCUUCAGUCUGUGAAUUACAAACCAAACAAAGCCUCGGACAUUUACAGUUACGGUGUGUUAUUGUGGUCCAUCAUCACUGGAAAGGAGCCAUACCCCAAUGCUCCCUCGCAUCUGGUGCGCUUCCGGAUCCCUGAGGGUGACAGGCCUGAUCUGACAUCAAUCGAUUGUAGCAAGGCCGAAGGGCUGGAUGAUAUAGUUAAGCUCAUGUCAGCAUGCUGGACUCAAGAACCCAACCAGAGACCAUCAUUCAGAGAUUGCGUUCGUGUGACUGAAAAACUCUUCGACAUGCACAAACGUGGAGUGAACGAUGCUGUUCAUGUUGUUCUCAAACAAAUGGACGAUGACAUCUGUUCCGGUUUGGAAUCAGUUCAGAUCACCCUUAAACCACAAAACAGGCGUCCUCAGGUUUUGCCCGGUGCCACCGGUCCUUCACCGCAGCAGGAAACAGCAGCCAGUCAGAAAACAGAGGGCAUAAAAAAAGAAUCUUUUCCUCAUCCGGUCGUGUUUGGGGCACCUCACUUCAACAAAACAACGCAGCGUCAAACAUCAACACCAGGCGGCGCCUCCAUCAAUCUGUCCAACGUCAGUGCGAUUCAGAUCGGCAACAACAACUACAUGAACGUUUCUCAGAGACCCCGUCAAAGGCACCAAACAGCUCCGCACAGCAUCAACAGAGAGAACUCGAAUAAGACAGAGUCCCAACCGCAUUUUAACACUCAUCUCAGAAAAGAAAAGAAAUAGUAAUAAUAAUAAUUAUCAGUUGAAGUGGUUGGGUUUGUGAUGGUUGAUUUUUCUAAAUGACUGAUUCUUCAUCCUGGCUCAGUAUUUCAUCAGAAAAGCUUUUGCUCUUUUCUAAAUUAAGUCCUGUGUGUUUGGAGAGUUUUAAACAGGAUUUUACAGAAAUUGUCCAUAAAUAUGGUGAAAGUGACAAUCUACAAGAAAUAUGUAUUUUUUAUUUUUUUAUUUUGGUACUUUAUUUUUCAUUAAUUCUUGAGAAUAAAUAAAACAAAAUCUGCAUGCUGUAGAUUAAACUAUGUGUCAGCCCUCAUUCCCAAAUUAUCAUGAAACCAAAGGGCACAAUUUUGGCGAAUCAAGGGUCAAUUACAUUUUAAAGGAAUAUUUUGUGUUAAAAAUAAAUUAAGCCCAAUCAGCAGCAUUUGUGGCAUAAUGUUGAUUACCACAAAUUAAUUUGGACUCGUCUCUCCUUUUCUUUAAAAAAGGCAAAAAUCUGUGUUCCAGUGAGACACUUACAAUAGAAGUCAAUGGGGUUCAAUCUGUAAACAUUAAAAUACUCACUGUUUCAAAAGUAUAGACACAAGACAUAAACAAUAUGUGUGUUAACAUGAUUUUACUGUCAUAAAAUGACUUACUAACCGCAUCUCUGUAAAGUUAUAGCCAAUUUUACAACUUCGUUGCCAUGACGACAUAAUGGUGUAAACCUGUAAAAUUGGUCCCAUUGACUUCCAUUGUAAGUGUUUCACUUUAGCCUCCAUUUUUGUUUUUAAGAAAUGGGACGAAUCAAAGUCAUUUUUUGUGUUAAUCAACACUAAGCCCCAAAUUCUGUCAAUUUAGCUUCACUUGCACCUCCGUUUUCAGUUUCCUAUCGUCAUUGUUUUCCAAAGGAUGUGAUAAUUGAGAGCGUUUUCAAAACGCUCCAUUUUUGGUGGAGGAAAACGACGUUCUAGUGUGGAUGAGCGGGAUAGAUGUAGCAAAAUGAAUGCUUUUUCAAACUUCAACAGAUUAGUGAAGACACGGCCUGCAUCUCUCAAUCCCUGCAAAACAUCAAUAUUAUCCGAUGAAGAACAUGGUUUUUAUUCAAAAAGCAAAAUGUUGGCAGUAUGUUCAAAUCACGCAGAGAACAGGAUAGCCAUUGCGCUAAUCAGUACUGACACUGCAUGUGGUUUAAUCAGCAGGGUCCUGGCAUUCCGAACGUUCCAAAUCCCGUCUCCCCAUCUGUCAAACCGGAAUCUAACAGGCACAGAUUUGCAUCACCAGGACUUGUCCACUCGUUUCCCAUUUCUCCUAGUGUUCUGGACAAAAUGCCUUGGAAUGGGUGGGUGGAUGAUGCAAUAAUAGGAACUGAUUGUAGUUUUCCAUGAAACCUCUGAAGUCUUAAAGGGGUCAUGACAUGCAUAUUAUUUUAUUUAUGUUCACUUGUAAUGUAUUAAAGGCUUUUUUACACAACAGACAGUAACAAUGUAGUAUAGCAUGACCUUUUUCUACCCCGUCUUU